GAAUAUAUAUGUCCACAUAGACAGACGUUUUCAGACGUGCGUGUGCUCCAUAUAAGAAAUCAUAAUUCCAAUAUAUAUAUAUAUAUAUAUACAUAUAUAUAAAGUUCUUUAAAAAGCAGAGUGAACCGGCGGACACACACACACAGACACAUUGACUAUUAGUAAGUUGUUUUUUUCUGUGAAAGAAAGAAGAAAAAGUGCCGCAACAAGCCAGAAAUCAUAAAAAAGAAAAGUGAAAACUAAGCAAAAGUUAAAAGCAAACAGAAAAAACCAAAACCAAAACCAAAAAAAAAAAAAAAAGAAACAUGGCCAGUGCAGAGCAAAAAAGUGCCACAGGCAAUGGAGCCACCGUUAACCACACAAUUGCCAAUGGCUCGACAGUUCAGCAUCAGCAACAGGAUCAGGAACAGGGCAAAGAUGCCAAUGCCAAGGAUCUGUUGCCCCAUCUGGAAUCCCUGGAGCGUAUUAUUAAAUUGCCUGUGGUUAAUGCUGCAUGGGAUAAAUCACAAGAUGUCUAUGGCAAAGUAAAGGGUAAAAAUCGUGUCUUUGAAUGGGCUUUUACUGCCGCCGAGGAUUGUGUGACUCGUGCUGUGACCACAGCUGUUCCAUUUGUCACAAAACUAGAUCGACCCAUUGCCUAUGUGGACCAGACCAUUGUCAAGGGCAUUGAACAAUUGGAGGUUAAGGCACCAAUCAUUAAGGAUACACCACAGGAGAUCUAUAAUCAGGCCAAGAGCAAAGUCAUCGAUGUCGUUCAACCCCAUUUGGAGCGUGUGGUUAAAUUCAAGGCAGCUGGCCAACAGAAGGCAGCUUCCUUGAAGGAUUUGGCCUGGCAGAAGGCCAAUGAAGUCCUUGCCACACAAUAUGGCAGCUUGGCGGUAAAUGGUGUGGAUACCACCACAGCAUUAGCUGAAAGACUCUUGGAAUAUUAUUUCCCCAAGAGUGAAUCCGAUGUGGAAGAGGAUAAUGAUAAUAAACAAAAUGCUGUCGUGCAAAAUGGCAAAAGCUCUGAAAAUAAUGACAUGCCAGUUCCCGCCAGCGAGGAUCCAGUCUUACACACCGUCCAGACAGUCGGCCGCUUAUCCAAUAAGAUCUCACGUCGCGUCUAUAGAAAUGUCUCCCGACAGAUCAAACAAGUCCAAAAGGGCAAUAUCAAUGACUAUUUGAGCUCAUUGAUAGCCGCUCUCAAGUUGCAUCAAUACAUUAAUUUCAUUAACUCAUCGAUGGGCACAAAUGUGGAGCAAUCGACUCUGGUGGGGGGGGAUACAUGCUCACCCUUUGGGCCCAGCUCAUCGUCGGUGAGCAGCACAACCACAAUCACAGGAGUGUCAAGCACAGGAUCAGUUCCAGCCAAGAAAGUACAGGCCAUUAAGAAGCCAACGGCUAAGCCAGCAGCGGCCCAGUGAGCUGAUGGCCCAGUUAAAACAUAUAUAUAUAUAUUAAUAUAUAUCUUAUUUUUUUUAUUCUGUCGCGC